AUGUCUAGUACUCCAUCGUUGAUAGAAAAUUACUUUAGGGAAGCAGGUUUUUGGCAUGUAGCCAAUAUAGGCUGGGAGUGCAAGUUGGACUCGAAACUCAUCAGUGCGUUCAUAAAGAGGUGGAGACCCGAGACGCACACAUUCAAUCUUCCAUGCGGGGAGCGUACCAUCACUUUGGAGGACGUGCAGUUACAAUUGGAUUUGUCGAUGGGUGGACCCGUACUCACCGGGUUCAUUCAAUCUGUUGAUUGGGGAGCCAUAUGGUAUGAUAUUUUAUGUGCAAUUCUAGAUAAUAUUUACGGAGGUCGAAUUGAGAUGAACUGGUUACGAGACACAUUACCGGAGCUGGGGGAUGAUUCGACUGAAGUAGAAAGAACACGAUAUGUUUGGACAUACAUCCUUGAGAUCAUUGGAGGUUUUCUGAUGCCAGACUUGUCACGAAACCUCGUACAUCUGAUGUGGCUGUUGAAACUCGUUAAUUUUAGAGCAGCUGGCAAACUUAGUUGGGGGGUCUGUCGUGUUGGCAACAUUGUACUGAAAGAUGUGUAG